AUGGGUUUCCGGUUCUCCAACUUCAUGAGCGACCCGUUCGCCAUCUCGACGGUGUCGUUCGGUGUCAUCGCAUGGAUCGUCGCCAUCGCAGGCGCUGCAUCAUCCGACCCUUCCAAAUUCCCUCGGUUUACAUGGUGGGGUCUAGUGUACCAAAUAAUAGUGGUGCUAGCCAUCUUUCUAUUGUACUUGAACAACACCAUCGAGUUGUAUAAGUUCACGCUUGUGGGACUUUUAUCCAUAGCGUUCUUGUACACUACAAACUCCACCACCAACCUCAUCUACAACCUGUCGUCUGGUAACUUGUGCUGUGCAGCAGGAUGCAUAUUAUUGUCGAUGUUGAACAUCUUGUGGAUCUUGUAUUUUGGCGGCCAUCCUGAGUCGCCCACUAACCAGUUCAUCGACUCAUUCUCGAUGAAGAACAACAACUUCUCGCAAGGUCAACUACUGGAAGCCAAACAUGCUGAUAACGAGUAUGCUUUGCCCCGCAGUGCGUCACAAGGAGGCUUCCAGGUGUCCGACUCAAGACACUCGCAAUUGACCAACAACCCACUGGGUUACAUGUCACUGUCGCAAUUGAACGGCAUGGAGAACUUCUCCAAUUCAAACGUCAGAGACACGAGCAAUAGUGCACGCAACACCGUUUACAAUAAUGGCGCAGAACAGAACAACUUUACCGUGCCCAGCGCCACAUUCAGGUACAAGGCCCGUGCAUUGUACAGUUAUGAUGCCAGUCCCGAUGACAUCAACGAAAUCUCCUUCAUAAAAGACGAGAUUUUGGAGGUGGAUGACAUCGAUGGCAAGUGGUGGCAGGCCAGAAGGGCCAACGGACAGGUUGGUAUCUGUCCUUCGAACUAUGUCAAGCUCUUGGAUUAG